AUGGGCGACUCGCUGUUCAUAGUAGACGACCACAACCUGAACUCCAUCAUCUAUGACACGCAGGACUUGUGGUUCCCUACCGCGAACGUCGACGCCGCGCUCCAAGGCACGCUCACGGAGGGCGUAACGGGAGCGAAAGCCAGCCUGACGUUUUCGGGAACCGCACUCGCUGUGUUCGGUCUCGCGACGACCGCAAACAGCUCGGCCCCCACGAUCCAGUUCUCCGUCGACGGCAAGGUGCUGCAGACGACGACCGCGCCUAACAACGGCAGCGUCAACUUCGAAUUCCCAUUCUUCGACAUCGAAGAUCUGUCAAGCGCACAGCACCUGCUCGAGUUCACCGUGCUCAAUGCCACCACGGACUACCCGUUCGCGCUCGACUUCAUCGCGUACCAGCCCGUCAGCGGCGCGGCGCCGACGGCGUCCCAGCAGGUCGUCACGAGCUUCCUCCCUGCCCCUACGGGCGCGCUAGCGACAGCAGCCGCCUCGAGUUCGUCGUCCAGCACCCCCGUGGGUGCGAUCGUGGGAGGCGUGGUCGGCGGUGUCGCCGUGCUCGUCGCUACUGCCAUCGCCGUGUAUCUCCUGUGCUUCAGGCACAAGCGCAAGGGAGAACCGUAUCUCUACGCGGCUCGUGGACAGGCCAGCGACCUCCUUGACCAAGAAUCGAAGCCGACGCCCUACGAGGUCCCGCAAGCCACCCCGGCCUCUCUCGGUCCCCAGUCCCGCUACAGCGCCGGUCCCACCUCCGCAUACAGCGCGCCGUCAGCUUACACUUCGCCCGGCCUAGGAUACAACAGUCCGGGUUCAGCACCAUACACACCCUCCGAGGCGCCUGUCAGCGACUACACCUCUGUGUCCGGGCCGUCCCACCCGCCGUCGCUCUUCGUCGUCACCAACGCGCAGGCCCCGAGGGACAGCCCGAACCAGGCUAUGAGCAAGGCGGCGGAGGCGGGGCUGCUGUCGGUACCACAGCCUGCAACGUUUCACGCGGACUCGGGGAUCCGCUUCAACUCGGCCGGGGAGCCGUCGUCAUCGACAGCGGCGGGGACUUCGCACGUCCUUGCUGCGCCCGAGCUGGCCGACGUGCCUCCCACAUAUUCGGAAGCGUGA